AUGCCUCCCUCUCUCUUUCUCUCUCUCUCUCUCUCUCUCUCUCUCUCUCUCUCUCUCUCUCUCUCUCUCUCUCUCUCUCUCUCUCUCUCUCUCUCUCUCUCUCUCUCUCUCUCUCUCUCUCUCUCUCACCGCCGUGAUGGUCGCAAUGGUGGCAACGAAAAGGCAGGACCAACUGACGCCCCUGCCCGUACGAAUGGGGCCAAAGGACCGCGCACCCCGCGAUCUGGUCCGCACCAGCGCAACAAAAAGGUGCCUGACGGCACCAGCCGCAAUGGAGAGGCAUCAGUCUUGCCUCCCAAGGCGGAUGGAUCCACUUCGGUUCCCACCACGGACAAAGCCGUGGAGUUUGCGGCUCCAACCACCACGAUUUCGGAUCAACCCCGACAAGACUCGACACGACUCUUGCCCAACGAGCCAACAAGCUCUCAGACGAAUGAAGCACCUGACACGGUCGCUGCCCCGGCUUCAUCGAGCGAAGCAGCUGUUGAGGCUUCUGGGACCAACGCGACGGAUACUCCCGCAUCUCCGAUAGCAGACGUUGCUGUGCAGCCCGAAGCCAUCGCCUGGCCCAGUUUGGCCGCGCCCUUGGCCGAUUUGGAGGCACAUGUGGCCGAGAUUUUGGCUCCCAUGACUCCGGCAGAGUCAGCCGAGCCAUCGCAAACCGAGCUGUGCCUUGACAUCAUUCAUAAGCGCCUCCGUGCACUAAACAAGCGCAAGAUGAAAACAGAGCAAGUGGAAGCCCGGCUGCGUGAGAACCCCGGGUGUCAGAUUGAAGAUGACCAACGCGAGAUGCUGGCCCACAAGGACAGCCUUCUCCAACUCAUCCAGGAGCUGCACUCCAUUAAAACACGUCUUGAAAACGUCAUCAAUUCGGAGGCUAAGCAACAGGAGCGUGUUCGCGCCCAGCGCGCGCACCUUCGCGCCUCUCUCCUGGCUCAACUAGAGACCACUUGCGCUCGGGUUCUGGACGCUCAAGCACAGACGCAAGCUUCCGUCGCUGGUCUUGAACGUGCUUAUUGCCGCCGGGUCCUCGAGGCUGUGGCGGUGGCACUCACUACUCUGCCCACCAAUGCAGCCGACAUCGAGGGAGCAGCACGGCAAACCUCUCUGCUCGCGAUUGAUAGCCACGAACCCGCUUCGCUGGAGUUGGCCACGGACGCUUUUGUCCCUCUUCUGGCACCGUUGCGCGACGCCAAUGCCGAUCAAGCUCCAGCCAUAGCGUUGGCUCAGGCGUGGCAAGCACAACAUGUUUGUUUGGCAAAUAUUGGCAACGGACCAAGGGUGCCUAAACUUGGUGAAGCAGACGAUCACUCGGUAGAGGCAGAGGUAGAAGCGGAGGCAGCGGCGGACGAUGUCGUGCCUAAACGCCCGGCAGCCGACGAGGUGGAGCCAAUGCAGGCGGACACAGAUAGUGAGCAUCGGGAGCAGGAUUUGCAACAGCCAGAGCAGGGUGCAAGUGCUGAACCAAAAGGACAGGGAACCGCUGCACCACAGGCGCAUGCAGCGCCAGCAGAAACCAAGGGGCAAGACAACACUGAGACGGCGGCUGCGGCACAAGAGGCCACUCUGCAAACAGACCCGGCUGAUCCAGUGGUCGUAUUGCGUCCUCCUGCUCCCGUUUUGUCCGAGAUGCCAACGCCUUGGUUCAACCACCAGCCUGAGACGCAAGCAACUGCAGCCGACAAUGCAGACACCCACGAAGACACUGUCGAUCUGAACGACCUGGAUGAUCCGGCCAUCUUGAGCGCCAAGGCCUCACGUCGGGCUCCAGCUGACAACAAGUCAGCCGACUUUCGCCGUGAGCAGCCAGUUGUGCUGCCCACUCAACUCAACUCAGAUGUCGCCGGAGAGGACAUGGGCGAUCAUCAUGUCCACGACGAACCCAUGGACGUGGUGUCUGGUGAAAACGCCUUGCCAGAGCGAGUGAACCCCGAGCAGUCAUCAAAUGUUUCGGCUAGCUUUGAAGAGCGGCGUUUUGAGGCCUACUAUGGCCACCCAGCCGCUCUCCAAGCGGGCAAUGAAGCUGUGACAGGCUUUCCGGGCCGAGUUUGCUUCGCUGACCCCGCCGAUGAGGCUGUGGAGGAGCCUGCCCCUGGUUCAGCACUUUCCCAAAGCGAGUCGGCCCCAUUUGAACCUCUUGCGGCCAGCGUGGGCCACGGCGAAGACUUGGGCUUUGGCCACCAAUCAUCUGCAAACACAGGGACGAACGAGCGGCCGCCCCUUGACCAGACCGAACCAAGCGCAGAGGCAAGCCAUGCUGAGGCCACUCGUGCCGUGGACAUGAAUGCUGUCCGUCAGGAGGAUGGAACACUUUCGGCUAGCACGGGUCUGCCGGAAGAGCAUGCCGCAGAUGCCUUUACAAAGGGCAACAUGCUGCAACAGGAUCAGGCUGCAGAUGAGCCAGAAACACAGAAUGACAGCCCUGCAGGCAACCAUCCUGGAUACAUGCCUUGGAUGGAGGCUGCCAUGAACAACCCUAUGAUGAUGGUCAGCAUGCGCUGGAGCGUGUGUUUCUGUCUGUCUGUCUAUCUGUCUGUCUAUCUAUCUGUCUAUCUGCCUGUCUGGCUGUUUGUCUAUCUGCCUGUCUGGCUGCCUCAAAUGAUGUGGCUCCGGCAAAUGCAAGAGGCGAUGGGCAUGGGGCAUCCUCCUGGAGGAAUGGGCAUGCCGCCGCAUCUAAUGCACGCUAUGCUGACUGGCAACAUGCCUCACAUGCCACAAUUUCGCCAACAAGCUCAACAACACUUGUCACCCCCUUCGUCACAGCCACAACAACCACCGCGGCAGCAGCAACCACAACAGCAACCACAACAGCAGCCGCAGCCGCAGCCGCAGCCGCAGCAACAACAGCAGUUUCAACAACAACAACAACAACAGCAGCAACAACAGCAACAGCAACCGCAGCAGCAGCAACCGCAGCAGCAGCAACAACACUAUCAACCACACUAUCAACAGCAACAACAGCAACAGUACCAACAAUUUUAUCAACAUCGACAACAGCAACAACAGCAGCAUCAACCUGCUGCAGCGCCUCAUCAAUUCCAGCAGCCAACGCCCAUGUCCAUGUCACUUAACGCGCCAUAUGCACAGAGAAUCGACCCAGCUCAGGUCGCGCACUCUGAUACCGAUUUCACGCAUGGGCUGCUUUCGGAACCAUCAUUCAACCGCCAUGUGCGGGAUCAGCCAUUCAAGUCGAGCUCUGACCACCAAACCCUCCCGCAACAUGCGUCCCAGCCUGCUCAGGAAGCAACAGCACCCCUUCGGCCAGGUGCCGGAAGCGGUGGCUUUCCACCGGGCCUCGAGCGCCCGACAGGUAGCAUUGGCAUGUAUGGUCCUCCCAGGACCUCAGAUUCCUUUACGUAUGAAGAGAACACCCACGUCGCACAAGGAGAGGCUCCGUUCGGACUGGGUUUGGGUCACCAAAGCUAUGGCUACCGUACCAAUGGCACAGGUGCAAGCAGCGCUGGUAGUACCAUGCCCAACCACAGCGACCCCACGCAUCCAGCUCACAGCAGUGGCACCUACUUCGCUUCGCUGAACCAUUAA